UAGCAACAGUCCCCUCCCUCGGCACCCCCUCCUAAAGGAGGAGGCGGAGGCGGCCUCGACUCCUCCCUCUCCUCGUUCUCUACACCCGCCCUGCCAAGCCUUUCUCGCGAGAUGACGACCACUGGGCAUUGAAGCAGGGACGAGCACGCGGACACUCUACCACCCGGCUGCCCACGAUCACUCGUCCGCAGAAAUGUCAGCCGCCGGCGUCCGGGGCCUGCGGGCCACCUACCACCGGGUCCUUGAUAAAGUGGAACUCCUGCUGCCUGAGAAAUUGAGGCCGUUGUACAACCACCCGGCAGGUCCCAGAACAGUAUUUUUCUGGGCUCCAAUUAUGAAAUGGGGGCUGGUGUGUGCUGGAUUGGCUGACAUGGCCAGACCUGCAGAAAAACUCAGCACGGCUCAGUCUGCUGUUUUGAUGGCUACAGGCUUUAUUUGGUCAAGAUACUCACUUGUAAUUAUUCCAAAAAACUGGAGUCUAUUUGCUGUUAAUUUCUUUGUUGGGACAGCAGGAGCCUCUCAGCUCUUUCGUAUUUGGAGAUAUAACCAAGAACUAAAAGCUAAAGCAAACAAAUAAGAGUUCCUGAUCACCCUGGCAAUGUAGAUGUGGACAUAACCACCGGGACCUAGUUUGAUUUAUUAUUCGGUUGUUGAUGAGGUGAUACUAACUGUGCUAAUGUUUGUAAGGCAUACAGUGUAAUUGGGAGAUAGUAUUGAUACUUGAUUCAACUGAAAAAUAAAGCAAACUUUUAAUAA